AUGUACAAAGCAAAACCUCCCUUUCCUCAGAGGCUGACAAAGAAGAAUGAUGAUGCUAAGUAUCAAAAGUUCUAUGAUCAGUUGAAGCAUUUACCGGUGAAUUUUACAUUCUUAGAUGCUGUAAAAGAGAUGCCCGAAUUCGCUAAGUUCGUGAAAGACCUGCUUACGAAGAAGAGGCGAAUAUCAAUUUACUGCCCCCUUGCUAUUUACAAGAAAUCUAGAUUGGGAAUGCCGAGGCCAACGUCUAUGCUAUUACAAAUGGCGGACAGACCCAUAGAAAAGCCGGUUGGGGUUGUAGAUGAUAUGUUGGUACAAGUGGGCAAGUUCAUGUUGCCUGCUGAUUUCGUUAUUCUGGAUUGUGCGGUUGAUAAAGAUAUUCCCAUCAUCUUGGGAAAACCCUUCCUUGCUACGGGCAGAGCGCUUAUGGACUCUGAAAAGAACGAAAUCAAGUUCCAAGUAAAUGAUGAAGAGGUGACUUUCCAAGCGAGUAAGGGGAAGAAGUUGCUGUUAUGA